AUGCCACGUGCUUUCUGUUUAUUUCAAGAAGGGGAGGGAGAGAGAGGGAGAGAGAAAGAGAGCGAGAGAGGGGCUGUAUCUGUCUCUGUGUAUCACACACUUACAGACACAUCAUCGGUGACACUCUACAGCCUUCAACCUCAACAGCCUAAAGGGACGCAAGGACACCGAGACCAAGAGCCUGAACUCAGACAGCCGGAAAAAAGGAGUUCUGAUCCUCAGUGCAUAAGUACGGAGGAUCUUGUCUCUUGUACCUCUAUACCCGCGGCUAGAUGGGACCCGGAUUGUUUUGGACCUUCCCUCCCAAGGCCGGCUGUAAGGUUCCCCAGAGCCUCCUGCAGUCCAUGUUGCUGUCUAGGAUGGCGGGUAUGAAGGAGCAGCUGUUCACCGAGGAGAAACCCCUGCUUCCUGAACAAAGAGGAGUGGACUCAGAUGUGACGCAGCCCGAUGGAGGAGAGGAGGGGUCCGGGGUUGCGAGCACGAACAUCAGUGCUGACCCCUUGCCACAAACCCACUCCCCCUCUCCCCACAGUCGGCCCGCUCAGCGCUGGCAUGUCAUCGCGCGGCACUGGCUCCGCCAGACCCGCUGUCGGACCGGCGAGGUCAACCGGGAGACCUGUGAUCAGAUGAUCCCUACCGGAGACUGGAAGGAACACGAUGUUGAGACCCCCUAUGGGAUGCUGCAUGUGGUGAUCCACGGGGCACCCAAAGGAAAUAAGCCAGCCAUCCUCACCUACCAUGAUGUGGGCCUCAACCACAAGCUGUGCUUCAACAGCUUCUUCAACAGCGAGGACAUGUUGGAGAUCACCAAGCACUUUGUGGUCUGCCACGUGGACGCUCCUGGCCAGCAGAUUGGGGCGUCUCCCCUGCCACAGGGGUACCUGUACCCCACUAUGGACCAGCUGGCAGGGAUGCUGCCCAGUGUGGUGCAGCACUUUGGCUUCAAGAGCAUCGUUGGGGUUGGGGUUGGAGCUGGAGCCUACAUCCUGGCCAAGUUUGCGUUGAUCUUCCCUGAUCUGGUGGAAGGCUUGGUGCUGCUCAACAUUGAUCCCAACGGGAAGGGCUGGAUCGACUGGGCUGCCGGCAAGAUCACUGGCCUGACCAGCAACCUGCCUGACACUGUUCUGCCUCACCUCUUCAGCCAGGAAGAGCUGAUGAGCAACACAGAGCUGGUGCAGAGCUACAGGCAACAGAUCGGCAACACCAUCAACCAGGUCAACCUGCAGCUUUUCUGGAACAUGUACAAUAGCCGGAGGGACUUGGAGAUGAACCGUAGUGGGACUGUCCUCAACUCCAAGACUCUGAAGUGCUCUGCCAUGUUGGUGGUGGGGGACAACGCACCUGCAGAGGAGGGAGUGGUUGAGUGCAACUCAAAACUGGAUCCAACCAACACAACCUUCCUAAAGAUGGCGGACUCCGGCGGACUGCCCCAGCUCACACAGCCUGCCAAACUGGCCGAAGCCUUCAAGUACUUCCUCCAAGGCAUGGCAAUUAUGGUUGCGAUGUUGUUGGCUACAAACUAA